AGAAAAAAAAAAAAAAAACGACUUCGGCGUCGAAGACAAAGAAAAUAAUAAAAGCAAUGGUCCUUGCUUAUGAAGCCUUCAAAAAUUACGUGAAGAAAAAUCUCAGCUGAUUAGGCUGUACUGAUGCUGAGCUCCUUUGCAGUCAACCCAUCUCGAGACAUGAGUCGUUUGACUCGAAUGGCAGAGGAAGCGCAGUUACAGGCUGAAGAAAAAUGGCUAGUGGAAACACUUACCAGAAUUAAACACCAAAAAAACUGCUUGCACAUAGAAAGACUACACCUGGAGGGUCUAAAAGCAAAACAUCUGCGUGAAGGAACCUCAAAUGCUGGAGAUAUUGAAAAACAAGAUAGGAUAAAAGAUGAUUUUGAUCAAAAACUGAAGUCUCUAAAAGAACAAGAACAGACACAAAAUAAAGGCGGUAAAUCCGACAUUGAUUCAAGUGCACAGUUGAAUGCUUGUAAGAAGCUGGAAGAUAAUAUUGUUGAUACAAAGUGUAAUGAAGAAGAGCUGAACUUGGCCGUGUCUAAAUCUGCCUAUGCUUAUAAUUUGGCAUGCAACAAUUUUGAAGAGUCUGAUGAAGAUGAAGAGGAGGAUGAUGUUAUGGUUGACAUAGACAUGUUCAUGUUUGAUUCUUUUCGAAAAAACCAAGAUGAGUAAAAUACAUAUAAUCUUAUGUAAACUUUGUAUGAUUUUAUUACUUUCAAGUCAGGCAGGUGGUGGUAGAUACUUACGUACCUUGCAAUGAAACAAGCAGGGAAAUGAAUGAGUUGUGGUGUAGAAGUUUUUUUGUGAGUCAUAUAGGUAUUUAGCUGUAGGAAUAUAGUGCAUGCAUGUCAAUGUUAAUUUUUUUUCCAUUUCCAUAGUUGUUAAUAGAAUUUUCUGCUGAAAUAAAAGAUAUUUAACUAAUUGAA